AUGGCUGGAGAUCCUCAUCAAGCUUAUCAACUAAUCAUGAGCUCUAGCUUAAAUAAUACAACGGGUAACAACGAAAAACCAACACAUUUGAACUAUCUUUCUUCUUUUCGUGUGGAUCAAUGUCAGUUAUUUUUACAGCACAAAUGUACACAACAUCGUCCAUUUACAUGCUUUCAUUGGCACUUUAUGAAUCAACGUCGACGACGACCGUUAAGACGCAAAGAUGGUACAUUUUGUUAUGAUCCAGACUUUUAUUGUGAUAAAUAUGACGAACAAAGUGGGGUUUGUUCUAGUGGAGAAGAUUGUCAGUUUCUUCAUCGUAAUGCGGGUGAUACUGAAAAACGCUAUCAUCUCCGAUAUCUUAAAACGGCUAUCUGCACACAUGAAACUGAUGCCAAAGGCCAUUGUGUAAAAAAUGGACCACAUUGCUCGUAUGCACAUGGUUUAUCUGACUCAAGACAACCGGUAUUUGAUAUUAGAGAAAUACAAAAUAGUGAAUUAGCAUUGGAAAGAUUAUCAAGAUUAUCAGUUAGCUUAGAAAAUGAACGAGCUCUCAAUGAUGAUCCAAAAUGGAAUGAUUCUCAAUAUGUACUGGCUAAUUAUAAAACGGAAUCUUGUAAAAGACCACCGCGACUAUGUCGACAAGGUUAUGCUUGCCCACAAUAUCAUAAUCCAAGAGAUAGACGAAGAAAUCCAUCUAUUUUUAAAUAUAAAUCAACUCCUUGUCCCCACGUGAAGCAAAGUGAUGAAUGGAUGGACUCUACUGCUUGUGAAUCGGGUGAUAAUUGUAAAUAUUGCCAUACAAGAACAGAACAACAAUUUCAUCCUGAAAUUUAUAAAUCAACCAAGUGUAAUGAUGUUUCUGUAACCGGUUAUUGCCCUCGCGGACCAUUUUGUGCAUUUGCUCAUAUAGAACAGGAGCUGAAAGCUUAUCGUGACUUCGAUCAUUUUACCAAUGAAUUGCCAUUGUCGUCUUUCAUACCCAUACCAGAAGAAAAAGAAGUUAGCAUUACAAUGAAUGCUUCAACAAGACCACAAAAGAAACUGUCGCAAGCAUCAUUAUUCGAAGUUGGAUCUUAUCCAAGCACAAAUGCAAAAACAUUUGAUCAAAUGGCAUCUAGAAACUUGUUAUUUACAAAUGAUAGUUCUUUCGGUGGAAGUGGUACAUUUGCUCAAGAACAAGAACAACAACACAUGACUAUCGAGAAUACAAAUCGUUCACCGCCCACUCCGUUGUUUUCUGAAUUUCGUUCGAUUUCUUCCCCGAUGUCUAUUCAUCCAGAUCAUGCAUUACCGCCGCCACCAUCCUUGAGCAACGAAACGUCAACAAAUUUACAAUUCAGUAAUACAAGUCUUGCAGCAGCUGUAGCCGCAUUACAAGCAGCUACUACUAGUCAUUAUAGUCAGUCGUAUCCACCCUUAUCUUUACUUUCAUUUCCACAAACAACCCAUCAGCAACAACAAAAUUCAGCAGCAACCAAUUUUAUAACGUCAAUACACGCUCAUCUUUCUUCGGUGGAAACGCCUUCAUCACUCUCGCCCUUCAUUAGUAGCGGUCGUAGUCUUCCGAAUACUUCUUAUUUUGACGAUGAGGGCGAUGAUUUAGAUCAUACUGAUACUUCACCACUACGUUUUGUCAAUUAUCAAAGUGAUGCACCAACAACAGUUGAUGUUAAAAAUUUAAUUGGCUUAUCAUUAAAAACAAUUGGUAUUGAAAAUAUUGAUGUUGAUGAAGUUGAUUUUGAUAAAGCAUCAAACAACAAUGAUGUAUUGCUAGAAGGCAUGGAUAACUUUGAUACACAUGUCCAUUCGUCGACAGCAGCCACUUCACCAAUUCCAACUAUCUCUUCCACAACAAAGACAUCUUUGAUCAGUAAUCGAACUACAUUACCUGUAAACAUACCAAAUUCAUUUCAAGCAUCCUAUGCAGAUUUUUCACAAUCACCAUCAAGAUCACCAUUUGAUUUACUCUCAUCAACAAAACAGCAACAACACCAAGAUGAAACAUUAGACUCCCCAAUCAAUAGCAUUUUUCCUGAACCUUCUACUACAGGGAGUGGAGGCCAUCCAGGAAGUUAUGCAAUGUCGGGUUUUAGUCAUGAUAUUCCUUCAAUAGUUCAUCAAUCAAAACAAGGAUCAGCUUCACCACAAUCGAACUACAGUCGUCUGAAUAGUAGCAACGGUGCCAUUUCAUCCGCCUCAUCAUCUUCCAUACCUAAUGAGAUCGAUAUCAUGCGUAAUCGUGUGCUGCAAAUGCAAGUUAUGGCAAUCACGCAGAAAGAAGCUUCCGAUCAUUGGAGAAGAGAGGCAGAAGAUAAUCAUCGAAUGGCUAUGCAGUUAGAACAAGAAAAAAAUCGUGCAAUUCAACAACGUGAUGAUGCAUUACAUCAAAUUGAUACUAUGCGUCAUUUACUAACGCAAAAUAUGCGUUUGUUACCGAGUGAUAAUGAUUUAAUGUCUUUACCAUUGGAUGACGUAAGAUUAUUACAGUCACGGUUGAAACAAGAAUUGAUGAAAAUAGCAUUAGUUGAACGUGCAAAAUCGAAUAAUAUCCACGAAAGUGCUAAUAUGCACUCGCCAACCCCUCAGACACAUGCAGUUUCGUCAAAUCAAGGAAAUAACAAUGGUAAAAAUCCAGUAUUAUUACACUCAGCAAAGCAGUAA